AAUGGAGAGAAGGUAAUUAUGCCCUGGAUUACACAUGGGUUGUUUGUGGAAUUAAAUUAUAAUCUUUCCAAAAAAGACCAAAAAAAUCGCGAAGAAGUUUGAUAAUGUUAGGUUUUGUGUGAGGCCGCUUUGUGAACUACAGCCCCUCGCUGCUCUCGACGCCAAUGAUAUAGGCUACAUCAGCACAACUCUGGUACAGACAUGGCGAUCUCUGUGCUCCACUUCGCUGCUUUUUUCCAAGGGGAGGAUAACAGCAUCGAAAGAGGUGAACCAUUAUAAGUUGGGGCAUGUGUCGAGUUUCAGUUAUGCCGAUGGGGAGAUUGUCGGUCUUGUCCACCCCAGUCGCAGGGAGCAGGACGUCACAUACGAGACGUGGAGUCUUUCUCAUUGUGUUUUCUCUACAGCCUUUAACUGAACAAUUGCACAAUAAACGGUCAAACUCUUUGCGUGAAAAACGAUUACUUGGACCCACACAAAACAUAUCCAAGGCAUUUGGGAUCAGAAAAUAAUACAUUUCUUUCCAUUGACUCCCAUUCUAUUUUUCUCGCCCAGAGGUCCCAUGAGGGGUCUACCGGAAGAGGCGUACUUAAGAGCCCUAUACAACCCGGGUUGUAUAAACACACUGUUUCAUUGGACAGUUUAUUUGCGUAUAUUUGCAAAACUUAAUCUGAUUGGCCGACGGAUCCGUCGCUGCCUGAAAAGUUGACAAUUUCUCAACUUUUUGAGCCGACAGAACGGACGGACCCCAAAUGCAUUUCGAAAGGGCCGCAUGCAAAGACAAUAUGAGUGUUUCAGAUCAAGCAUGCGUUGCCUGUAUGGACCUAAUAAAGAAACAAUAUUGCAUUCAUUAACUUCCUUUCUUUUAUCUAUUCUCUCCCCAGAUAUUUCAGAACGUCAACAUGCAUGGCAAUGAUGAUAUGGCAGCCAAAAUAUAAAGUGUUGCCCAUGUAACUUUUAAAUGAAAGCAUGUCAAAAAAAUAAACCUUAUUUUACAAUUCAUUAAUUGCACCCACACAACUUUGAUGCCCUCAAAAUAUGUUAAACAUUUUGAUGGUUUAGGCAAAUACAAAUUGGAAAAUGUUAUUUUUCUAUGUUGAAUUCAUUUUCAAGAUAUAUUUAGGCCUACUUUUAUUUCAUAUUUAUUUUAUUGACAAUGCUACUGCAUCAGCAAAUUGUCGCCCAGCAGAAUACAGUUCAGAAGAGGGCUGUUGUCCAACCUGUCCACCAGGAAUGUAUGUUAGCACACAUUGCACAGAAUUCAGUACAUCAUGUGCAUCUUGCACAGAAGGUACUUUCCAAGAUGGCGACAAUGGGCGCGAACAAUGCUUUGCAUGUAAACAUUGUGAUGCAGGUCUCGGUCUGAAGGUGAAGAAGUCGUGUUCAUCAACAUCAGAUGCUGUGUGUGAGACCCUGGAUGGAUUCUUCUGUAGUGACUCUAACAGAGGUGGAUGUAGGGCCGCUCAGAGACACCGUCUGAGCUGCAGUCCUGGUCAAUACAUCGGUCAAAGAGGAACAGCAGAUAAAGACACAGAGUGCCUUCACUGUACUGAUGGAACAUUCUCAAAUGGCACAUCAUCGUCUUGUCAGAACCACACAAAAUGUGAUUCUAAGGAACUGAAACAGGUGAAACCAGGAACUGAUUCAACUGAUUCUGAAUGUGGAGAACAUGGUCCACAGACAGGACUAGUGGCAAGAGUAAUACCAGGAGUCAUACUGGUAAUGGCUUUAAUGGGAUUAAUCAUAGCCAUUAUUCACAGGAAGAAUAAAAGAGAAUCAACUCCGCAAUCAAAGGUGUUGUUGUGUUAUUACUGGGUUGAAAUAGAAUAUAAUAUGCGUGAACUUAUACUGAGUGAUAUUUAUUACAUGAUGCACCGUGUCAAUAAUUUGAUCAUAAUUUAUUACGAUGGAAACACUGAGCAAGGAGUUGAGCCAAGACUACCGUCCAACAGUGACUUCACCACUAAUGUCGACUGACUCUCCUGCAUGAACCAGGGACCAACAAGAACAUACCAUAACUAUCCCUGAAACUAUAGAUGAUCAUCAUGGUGACCGGAAACUGGAUCCAGCCCCACCCUCAAGCCCCACACAUAAUGGAUCUGUCUCACUCCCAGUCCACCCUCCUCAGUCUGGGUCUCCUCUCCCAGUCCAGCUCUCCACAGUCAGCCGGUCCAGGGCUGGACCUCAAGACAUUGAGAUCGGUCCAGUCCUGUGAGGAAGCAACCUUUACUCACGAGUUUGAGCUGUAGAGGAAAUGAGCAGUUCAUAAAAUAUGUUGACUUAGGAUUUAUGCAAAAAUGCAAAUAUAUGAUCAUGGUCAUUUGUGUAGUUUAAAAAUUUUGUAACCGGAAUACGAAACUAAAUUCACAUGCAUUAAGUAGCGUUAUUAGGCUAGGUGAAAACGACGUCAAUAUGAGAGUUAGGGAAUCACAUACUGAUUUACUUUGGUUUCUUAUUUUACAGUUAGUGUUACUAAUUAUUUGAUGUGCUUAGACUAAGACUAGUAUGGUUAACAUUUUGGGUUCCACAACCAGGCUUCUUCAUGUCAUUUGUACCGUGUAAUGCUUCGGCGACAUUUCAGCGCUUUAUGGACCACAUGCUGGCCGGCAUGCAGUGGGAGUCUUGCCUGGUGUACCUGGAUGACAUCAUCGUUCUUGGCAGCGACGUUCCGCAGAUGCUGCAGCGGCUGGGCCAGGUUUUCAGUCGUCUCCACCAGGCCAAACUGAAACUAAAACCGUCCAAGUGCUGCCUCUUCCGCCGCGAAAUAGUCUACCUGUGUCACAUUGUUUCCGAGAGUGGUGUGGCCACUGACCCCAGCAAAGUCCAGAAAGUGCAGGACUGGCCAACACCGAUGUCACUCCAAGAUGUCUGUCGCUUUGUGGGCCUUGCAUCUUACUAUCGGCGGUUCGUUAAAGACUUUGCUUCCAUUGCAGAACCUCUCCAUGCCCUGACCAAGAAAAAUGCCCAGUUUCGUUGGUCUGAGGAAUGCCAGGCGGCAUUUAAAGAACUCAAAUGCUUGCUAACAACCGCCCCAAUCCUGGGCUACCCACUCGACCGAGGCAACAUGAUACUAGACACAGACGCCAGCGACGUCGGUAUCGGCGCUGUUCUCUCACAAGUUCAGCAGGGUGUGGAACGUGUGCUCGCCUUUGGAAGCCGCAAGCUGUCCACGACUGAACAGAAUUACUGCACCACAAGGCGAGAAUUGCUAGCAGUGGUCGACUUCCCGUCACACUUUCCCCAGUAUCUCCUGGGGCGGCGCAUCAUGGUGUGCACCAACCACAGCAGCCUUCGGUGGCUAACAAGAAAGAAGGAGCCUGAGGGACAGCUCGCCCAGGUGGCUCGAGAGACUUGGCGAAUACAACUUUGAGAUCAUCCAUCGCCCUGGCCCGCUUCAUGGCAACGCAGACAGCCUCUCCCGGAGACCCUGCCGUCAGUCCUGUCCUUGUAAGCUCCCCAGCCCACCUCCUCCUCAGUUGAACGUCAGCCACCAGGCUGCGCUGUGCAAUUUGGACUCUGACAUCAACCAGGCGAUACUGAGUCCAGUGGGGGUAGAGAGACACCCAGCUCCCACAGAAGUAAGUCUAGUUGGGGGUAGCUGAAUGCCAGCUGAAUCUAACAACUUAAAGUCCCCAAAGAAAAUAUAUCUGACUAAGUCAAAAGAAAAUGAACUGUUUGGUGGUUGGUCCCUGGAGGAGCUGCGACAAGCCCAGGAAGAUGACGCAGACAUUGCACCCAUAGAGACCUGGUUGGAAACCAGCGGAGAACGUCCUGCAUGGGUAACUCACCAUGCAGCCCAGCCACAAAGACAUAUUGGAGCCAGUGGAAACGACUCUACAUCAGAGAUGGAGUGCUGGUUAGACCUCUCUACUGCCUGGACGAUAUCCAAUUCUAUCCACAAGUGGUGCUGCCCCGCACCUUCCGGCCAGACACCGAGACAGAUGCAUGAGGGACAAGUUGGUGGACAUUUUGGUGUAGAGCGCACUGUAGUUCGGCUGCAAACCCGAUACUUCUGGUACAGAAUGAGGGCGGACGUUGCCCUGUGGUGUAACACCAGCACCCGCUGUGCAUCAAAAGCCAGGCCACGGAACACACCACAAGCCCCCAUGGGUACUGUUUGAGUCUGAGCACCUAUGGAGCGCUUUGGAUAUUAUGGGGCCACUGAAUGAGACUGAACGCCACAACAGAUAUGUGCUGGUAAUACAGGACUAUUUCACAAAAUGGGUCAAAGCUUUUCCCCUACCUAACGAACAAGCUGUAACUGUGGCUGAAGGGCUCGCCUCAGAGUGGGGGUGUCGCUAUGGAGCCCCGCAGACACUGCACAGCGACCAAGGCCGGAACUUCAAGUCUGAGGUGUUCCAGGAAAUGUGCACGCUGUUCGGGAUCGACAAAACACACACCACACCUUUCCGUCCUCAGUCCGAUGGGCAAGUUGAAAGGUUCAAUGCCACUCUGCAAAAUAUCCUGGCCAUGACAGCCAAGCGUUGCCACUGGGAUUGGGACCUCAUGAUUCUCUACGCUGUCAUGAUCAACUGAGCAACGAAGCACAGUUCAACUGGUUUCACCCCGAACUACAUGACGUUUGGCCGGGAAGUGCGUGAGCCAGUAGACCUUGUAUCCGGCCUGCCGCCGGACCCUGAACCAGCUCCCUCAGCCCCUGAGUAUGUCCAGCACCUUCGAGAGCGACUGAAGCUGGCGCACCAAAUCACCAGAGAUGCUCUUGGAGAGUCUGUGAAACAUGCAAGGAGACAAUAUGACAAGAACUGUUGCCGCACACAUUACAACGUUGGUGAUGCUGUGUGGUACCUCAUCAAAGAAACAAAAAACUUCAAGAACAAAGUGAGGAAGUUCCUCCCGUAUUACGAAGGGCCAUUCUUCGCUCUGGGUCAAUUGGAUGACCUGGUUUAUCGAAUCCAGAAAUGGCCAAAGACUAAAGUAAAGGGCACCAUUGUACACUGUAUUGUAUUGUAUUGUAGUACUUAACUGUGUAGCAACUGCAGUAGCUGCUAUCAUGGCUGUAACACGGGGAAUUGAUUGACCUAGCGAUUGUGGUACUUGCACUUGGUUCUAUGAACAUCCUUUCUGUACCGAUAUAUUGAUGCACUUCUUAUGACAAAUGUACUUAUUGUAAGCCGCUUUGGAUAAAAGCUUCUGCUAAAUGCCCUAAAUGUAAAUGUAAAUGUAAAGGUGGUUCACCACGAUCAGCUAAAGCCUUAUUGCUGCCGCAACCCACUGGAAACACUUGGGCCCUGGAGCAAGCACAGAGCUGGACACCAAUGGAGGGGUCACCCCCAGACGACGUAGAUCCUGCCGACACUCUACUGCCUCUGCCCCAGCUCUUCUCCGAAAAAAAAUCUGAUGUAAGGGAAAAAAGGCCACUUAGAAUGACAUGACUUUGGUCCCAAGUAAAUCUGUUAAUAUUUAGUUCAAAACGAAGUUUUGUGCAGACGUGUACUAUAGUUGAUGAAACUGUGGAAUAAGGUACCCAGCCGUCGGUGCCCGCGUGUCAUUCCAACCCAUGAGCAGACCCACUGCCGGUCGAAAGUGAAGGGUGUUAUGGUGCGUUCACGUCACUGGAAAUUAUGGGGAAAACAUUUUCGCAACGUCUUGAACGACUCCUCCUUAUGAUUCUACUUCCGUUCGGCUACUGGGGCCAGAUUUUGAUAAGAGUUGCCCAGUUGGUGACGUAUGGUUUACUGUGACGCGCAUGAACAUGGCGGAACAUGAACGUUUUACUCAAUAUAAAAUAAUCAACCAUCAUAUCACAUAGCCUAUACUUUACUAUGGAUUGACGUUGUAACUUGUAACCGUCUGUUGGCAUCGACUUUAGUGUACGCCUACUGGCACAUCAGCUCCAGAUAAGGGCAUGUGUUGCCUUCCAUACAGUGACAAUACUGUAUGUGCUUCUCAUGAAUAAAAGCAAAAGGAUAGUAUAGGUGAUAGGCAUCAAGGAAAUAAAGGCAUGCUUUAGUUCUGUUUA